GCUUCAAGGACCACAGCUUGUCACACGCUGCAGUCAGAGAUGGAGACGUGGUGUUCAUUCACACGCCGUCUGAGCAGGGAGGAUUGUGGGCUAAAAUCACAGAUUUGCCUCAAAGGGCUUCGCGGUGAUUGGAUGAAGUCAGCGUGCGUCGACGUGUGUGGUGUGCAGGUGAAGGAACCGAACAUUUUCUGACAUGACAAGAUAAAACGAUGGGAAAAGUUUAGUGUGAAAACAGAAUCAUUUGUCAUGCAGUAAUAACAAGGAAAUAUAUCAUAAUAACAUGAAAAGUAUCUUUUUCUUUUACUUCAUUUGACACGAACAGGUGAUGAUGACUGCUGUAGUGUGUAUGGGCUGUGGUUUGCAGCUGCGCUCAUGAAUCCCAUGGCCACUAGGGGGUGCUGUCAUUUGAACUUGUGUGUUCUUGUAUGUCCCGCAAACCAAAGUCCAGACUCACCUCUGACGUGAGUCUGAGGUCAUGUGACCCGCCAGCUGCUGUCAGACGUACGCUGAAGUGAAGGCAGGCGCCAACACUCACAUGUUGUGAAGAAGAGAUGAAGAUGGACAUGAAGAGGAGGGAGAUGGCAGAGUGUGAAAGAAGAGGGGAGACGUGGCUGAAGAACUACGGCUACCUGCUGCCUCACGACGUCCGCACGUCGGACCUGCGGCAGGAGAAAGCCAUGCAGUCCGCCGUGGCCGCCAUGCAGCGCUUCUACGGCAUCCCUGUGACGGGAAUCCUGGACGAGACGACAAUAGAGUGGAUGAGGAGACCGCGCUGUGGCGUCCCAGACCAUCCUCACACCAGUCGCCGGCAGAGGAACAAACGCUACGCUCUGACGGGACAGAAGUGGAGGGAUAAAAAGAUCUCCUACAGCAUAUCUAACUUCACCCCCAAAGUGGGAGAGAAGGACACGCAGCGAGCGAUCCGACAAGCCUUCAACGUGUGGCAGGCGGUCACGCCGCUCUCCUUCCAGGAGGUGCCAUACUCGGAGAUCAAGAACGAGGGUAAGGAGGCCGACAUCAUGAUCUUCUUCGCCUCUGGUUUCCAUGGUGACAGCUCUCCGUUUGAUGGAGAGGGGGGUUUCCUCGCCCACGCCUACUUCCCCGGCGCCGGCAUCGGGGGAGACACACACUUUGACUCCGACGAGCCGUGGACGCUGGGCAACGCCAACCACGACGGUAACGACCUGUUCCUGGUGGCGGUCCACGAGUUGGGCCACGCGUUGGGUCUGGAGCACUCCAACGAUCCCAGUGCCAUCAUGGCUCCUUUCUAUCAGUACAUGGACACACACAACUUCAAGCUGCCGCUGGACGACCUGCAGGGCAUCCAGAAAAUCUACGGCAUCCCCACGGCCAUGCUGGAGCCCACCCGGCCGUUGCCCACCUUACCGUCCAGGCGGACUCACUCCACCUCCGAGCGCAAGCAUUCCCGCCCGGCGCGUCCGCCCGGCGACCGACCCGCGCUGCCCGGGAACGGCAAACCCAACAUCUGCGACGGCAACUUCAACACUGUGGCCUUCUUCAGGCGGGAGAUGUUUGUGUUCAAGGACCGGUGGUUCUGGCGUCUGAGGAACAACAAGGUGCAGGAAGGUUAUCCCAUGCAGAUCGAUCAGUUCUGGAAGGGACUGCCACCUCGCAUCGACGCCGCCUACGAGAGAUCUGAUGGCAAAUUCGUCUUUUUCAAAGGUGAUAAAUACUGGGUGUUUAAGGAAGUCACGGCUGAACCAGGUUACCCUCACAGCCUGGUCGAGCUGGGCAGCUGCCUCCCCAAAGAUGGGAUCGACACAGCGCUGCGCUGGGAGCCGGUGGGGAAAACCUACUUCUUCAAAGGGGACCAGUACUGGCGCUACAAUGAGGAGAAGCGCACCGCCGACCCCGGAUACCCCAAACCCAUCACGGUGUGGAAGGGAAUACCAGACGGACCGCAGGGGGCCUUCAUCAGCAAGGAGGGAUACUACACCUACUUCUACAAGGGGAAGGAGUACUGGAAGUUCGACAACCAGAAGCUGACGGUGGAAGCUGGAUACCCAAAGUCCAUUUUGCGUGACUGGAUGGGCUGUGACCAGUCUGACAUGGAGCGCUCCGGCAGCAAGGGUAACCGUGGUGACCGCCAGCUUCCCCUCGACGACGUGGACAUCAUGGUGACCAUCAAUGACGUCCCGACCACAGUCAACGCCAUCGCCGUGGUGAUUCCUUGCAUUCUGUCGCUGUGCAUCUUGGUGCUGGUGUACACUAUCUUUCAGUUCAAAAACAAAGGUGUGCAACAGAACACCAUGACGCAGCACUACUACAAAUACCCCGUGCAGGAGUGGGUAUGACAGGCAACUUUCCUCCACAGAGGUCACAGUUCAUGGACUGAAGAUGGUCAAGCAGUCGUCAUACUGUUAGCUCAUCUUAGCUAACAGCCAAGAACGCGAACAAAAGACAAUGAGAGGUCAGUGCUGAAAGACGCUAAUUGUGCUCGCUAGUGCUAAAAGGAUGCAGAGUGAAAAUGCUCGGCGGUAGUAGAUUUAGACAUUGGCUCAGAGUGUGUAUUGAGUGUGUGUGAGUGUGUGAGAGAGGGAGAUUCGUGCCUGUCUUGUGACACAAGCACUUGAGUGUAAAACAACGAGGAUACUGAUUUCGUCUUUUAUAGACGAAAGAUGGCGAGAACAAGACGCCAGGAGGAUCUGAUGCAGGUUCUUCAGGCUUGCACACUGGAUUUGCUAGCAGCUUCUCGUGUCGUGUGAGUGAUACUGAACUCUGACUCUUUCUUCUAGGACCUACAACAACAACGACUCUCGUCUCAGUGAAAAGAAUAAAGAAAAAGAAACAGGAUUUGGGGCAGAAACAAGAUGCUCCUUAAAGCCAGACACCAAGUUUGUUCUAACAGCAGCUUGUACAUGUGAACUACAAAAAAAGUAAUGAAAAAAAAUGAAAAUACAUGGUUUGAAAAUAUCAAACUAGAAGAUAAAAUUUAGGUAGAAAGGCCAUAACAAAAGAAACCAAGGAUCUCUUUGUGGAUCACUGAAUUUUGUUUGUUUAUUUUCUUCAUCUUUGUCACCUUUAGCUCAGACCUUUUGUCAACUUGAAACUCCUCUCAGCUUGUCAGACAGAAACCACAGGCUAACACAGCAGAUGUAGAGUAACUAGUCGUCAGCAUAUAGUGUCAGAAGAGUUGAACGACAGCCUCAUCUGUGGCACAUAACCAGGACCAGUAUGCAUCAAACUGCUGAAAGUGAAGCUUUGGAGUCAAGCAAAAGAUAAAAGUCAAAGUCUUUCCCUUUUAUUGCCAUUAACAAAAUCAAAUUUCUUACGGAUCACCCAUAAAUGUUAGGAAAAUUUAACAGAGCUCCAGUUCGCUGUCCAAAAUAUUAUUGCUUAUGGUGAACAACAAAUUUUGAGCGUUUGACUGGAUGUCACACUUUGUUUUUCCUUCUUGGCUUGCAGGGGACAAACUUGUGGGUGAACUGGAGAAAUGAUGUUAGCAUCUGGAGAAAUACGAAAAGAGAGGAAAUGGACGUAAAGGGAGAGGGAGGCGGGGAGACGGCAAUGAAGUGUGUGUGUCUUCAUUACUAUGCUGCCUGCAGCACGGCGACAUUGACUGUGCUUAAUGAAAUACUUCUGUUCACAAAGCCCUAAUGUGGGGUCCUCGCCCUCCACAGCACUCGCUUGAAUCGUACUGUCCUCCCCCCUCCUUUUCUCUUCCCAUCCAUCUGAUCCUCUCUCAGUAUGUCUGCUCUCUUCAUCUAUGAAAUGUUUCCCACUUUUACCUUCUCCUCUUCUGUCCAUCUGUGCUUAGCACCGCGGUUUGUUUGUGUGCGUUCAGUCCAGUCCUGCUGCUGCUUUCAUUAUGAUUUCAUUUAUGAUUUAAGUGCUUUUAAACUAAGGAGCAGGAAAUCUGUCGUCAGUUUUGUCAGCAGUGCCAAAAUUUCUUCUAAAUAGUUGAUUUUUGUAGCACCUUUCAGCAAGUGUGUUAUGUAACACAGACACAAGACGAUGUGAGGAGAUAUUUCAACAGGAUUUUAAAGAGUAAAAUGAAAUGGAGGUAAACUGGAAUGAAGUAUAGCAGAUGUGAUUAAAAAGGCGCAGAUUUACACUGGAUUUCACAGAAGUUUUAAGUCCUGAUUUAGAAGAGCUGAACGUUGUGGCAGGCCUCCCAGUUUCUGACAACGCUUCUUCUCCAUGUUUGGUUUGGUUUCUUGGGACUACACGUAGACCUGAACCCAGACCUUCUGAGAGGUCUGACUGGUCUAUAAGUGAAAUGUAGAUCAGAAAUGUAUUUUGUCCCAAUACCAUUCAGUGCUUUAUGAAACAACAGCAGUAUUUUAAAGUCAGUUCCUUAACAAGCAGGAAUCUGAGAGCUGAACUGGUCUUAUCAGACAGAUGUUGAUCCUCUGCUUGUUGAUGUAUUCUUAGUUUGAUAGUUGGCUCUUUUUGUAUUUGUUGUGUUUAGCUCAAAGUCCAGACCUAAAUUGUACUUUUUGACUCCAAAAACCUUGUUUAGGUUUUAUACUUUAAAUGAAGGAUAUGCUUGCUCAUCCAUUCACUGACAUGUUCUGCACCUUCUCAGCACUCGUAUGUGACCAUAGUCACCUGGUGAUAGCAUUAGAAAAGUUCUGUUGUUUCUCUAAUAGCUAGCUGAGAACAGAGCAUUGAGGUCCACAAGUCAUGUUUGUACGCAGACGUGAGACUGCUGCUCAACCCAAGACAGGAUGUAAACCAGUUUAACGUUGUGCCAGAAGGUCCCAGCUGGUCUUCUGUUCUGCACAGUCGUUUGUCCAGACGGCCUGGAAACGCUUCGUGUUAAUGAGAAUAUAAGCUGCAUUGUUCUGCUUUGACAAGUUGUGUUGGAAUGAUUCUCGAGGUCACUUCCAGUCUUUACAGGAAUGAUUAUUUAAAUGUUUUAUACGUUUCUGUCAGUAAAUACUCAAAACUUAAAGUUGCUUGCAUCAGUUUAAGGCUUUAAAGUAAACCUGCAACAAGGAACUGUUGCAUCAGAUAAGACCAUUAAAUUGUGACUCUUAUUAUGUGAGUGUCAGAUUUGUAAUCUCAUUGAAAAGAAAACUCCAGAUUUGAUGGACGAGAUGGAACAUUUUCGAGUCAUUUUUCCUCUCAUCACUUCUGGUGUGUUUGUUGAAUGUGAACAAGCUGUGUGCAGUGACAUCAUCUACUGUCACCAUGCAGCCUGACACCGCGGGUCUGACCAAGCUGCUCAUUUAAAUGUCAUUAACUCUAAUGUGACUCACACCGGUUCACUCAGAGGCCGGUCGGCUCCCCAGAGAGGCUUUGGAGUCCCCCAUCCAUGACCUCCAAACUCAGGCUUUAAAUCAGUCCCAACUGAGUCACUCUUUAUCCACUCUGCCAGAUUUAAACGCCUUUUUUGGGUUGAGGAGUGAUUAUUUCCCGUUUUUAACCGUCCCCAUUCAAAUGCACGAACAGUUCAGACUCCAUACAAACAGGUAAACAGGUGUAUAAUGUCUGCCUGUCUCUGUCGCCCUGCUCUCAUUGGCUCAGCUCUGUACCUCACCUGUACCUCACCUGUACCUGUCCUGCGGUACCUGAAUGUCUUCUCACUGCAUGUCCUUGCAAUUACUUGUCGAGCACUUUGGCACACGCAGCACAAAUCGAUGCUGUUCAUUAUCUUUCUGUGCUGUUUUGAGUCAGUGGGGGAGAAAACAAAACGUUUAUUUGUUUCCUGAGGUGUACAAUAAACACCGACGACCUUUAAGCCUACACCUCACACAGACUGCGUUUGUGAAGACAUGAAUGUUGGACCAAGCUUGUGUUUCACUUUGUGUUUCCUCAGCUUCAGUGUGAUCAUCAGGACAAACAGGCCAAACGUUUGAGUGAGCAAAACAGAAAAGUUGCCUUCCAAAAGAAGAUCAUCCAACGUUUGGAUGAAUUUAAGGCUCACGUGCCGAGCUGCGACUUUCGUUAUUGAUUAAUCUGCCAAUUCUUCUCAAUCAAUGACAGACUUUUUCUGUGAAAAACUGAAAACGAAUGCCCAAAGUGACAUUUUAAAAACAGUUUAAAACCUCAGAGAUAUUAAGUUUAUGGUCACCAACAAAUGUUGACAAAACAGAGAAGAAGAAUCAUUUCGGCUGUAGUCACAUACUGAGUAUGAACAUGAAGUACUCAGUGAGAAUAUGAUCACUGGUCGAACAAAUAUUAUUGACUCGUCAUCAAAUUAGCCUAAAGUCAUUUUUUUAUUUUUAUUGUUAAACUGCUCCCCUCAUCAUUUUGUAAUGAAACUUUUCAGUGUGUUUGACUCAUUUUGACUCAAUUCCUCAGUUACAAAACGCUGAAAAAGCGGCUGAAGACACGAACAGAUUGUGUGAACUAAAAAAAGGAAAUUAGCCAACAUGUUUGCUUGCAGAAGGACUGGCUUCAUGUGAUGACGUGAUGUGAACUCCAUCGUGUGCUGUGGUGCAGGCAGCCUCCAUCUCUUGACUGUUUAUCUGGAUGCCACUGUGUUAUGUUUGGUGAUUGUCUUCCUUAAUUUUCUCUCUCUGUGUCAGGCUGUAAAACUAUUUUAUUGGUUUAUUUAUUUCAGCUUUUAUCGCUGAAAAACACUUCAGGUUUUCUGCUUUUGUGCACUUGUUGGAAAAGACAGACAGAAGAGAGCAGAUGUUGUGUGAUGUGCGCACUGACGAUCGGCUGUGGCGUCUCCACGGCGUCUCCACGGCACAGACGGCACAGACAGCACAGACAGCGAGUGGAGGAGCUUCGUCAUCAGUGGGGUUUAAACACGAAUCUGUCGUGUGCUCUUUCCGACGGGAAAACAUCUCAUUGAACUGACGAGGGGGCUCCACCCCCCUGUAAUAAUAUUAUCUCUGCCGCCGUCGUCGUGCUCGGUGCUCGUUGGUAACGUGAAUGGCGGAGGUGCAGUUGCUGCUGAGAAUAAGUUGCACACGUGAUGAACGUCGGUGUUGCUAUCAGGUACUCGCUGUAGGUUUUACAGUAGCAGGUGUGCAGGCAGGUUACAUUCCUCUCCGUACAUGUUGCAAGCCACUGAGUCGCUGCACUCAUUGCAAUCUGGGAUUAAGUGCCUUGCUUCACGGCACUUCAGCGGUUGGUGUUGAGCAGUUCCUCAUGCUGAUUUUAAAGAGCUUUUUUAGAGGUGUUAAAGAUGGAAACUUUCCGAUUGGUUGUUUGAUUUGAUUUUUUAAACCGCGAUGAAUCGUCAUCAGGUUACGUGGUUACGCAGCCGGACGCCUCGCGGGGGCGGACUUUGCGGUGACAGAGGGCAGUUUGGUGAAGUUUGUCCAGGGGUGGUCGGCAGGUAAAACGCUCUUUUCCAACAGGUUUUACCAGGACAAAACUUUACUCACAUACGUUAAGUCAUCCGGGACACCAGUGAAGGGACACCACCGCCCCUUUGGACAAACUGUGUAAAUAUUUACUGAGAUUUACAGAAGAAUAGCAGUUUACAAAAAGUAGAGUGUAUUUCAGCAGAUGUCUGUUUGUGGAAAUGGAAGAAGGGUACUUGAAGAAAACAUAUUGUAGUGAUUUAUUGAUGCUUAUUCAUAUUACUUAUGGAACACACAUAAAGAAAAUAUAUGUACAUGAAAAUGUUCCACUGUGUGGUGGAAACCGUCUGUCCACCUCUUGUGUUUGAAUCUUCUUUAUUUAACUACGUUCUGUACUCGUCACAGAGGCCCAGGUGUCCUCUUUGCCUCUGUUAUGGUAAUCGUAUGCAGACCUGGGAUAAACUGACACUGUUGGAUUUCCUGCCCGAAGUCCACGCAGCAUCCUGAGCAUCCUGAGUCAUUUAAACACCGUUUUGAGUUCCAAAGAGGAAGAAAGGAAUUUGGUUGCCGCUGUGUUAUGUGGAGGACUGAAAUAAAUAAAUGAAUGAUUGAAUAAGUAAUAAAUGCACCAAAAUAUAUUUAAAAUAAAUCAUGCCAUUAAUUUAUUUUUAAUAUGAUAUAAAUUGAUAUUUUAGUUUUGCUUCUGUAUUUCUUUACAUUGUAAUAAUCCUUUUUUUAUAUUAUUCUUAUUUAAUUAAAUCAGCCUAUGACACACAAACAACUGACACAAUGAAACAGCAUGCAUUAUGCAGCAGAACAUGUAUAAAAAGAAAUGGAAAAAUACAUAUGUAAUGGAAGAUAAAUACAAAAGAAAAUUAAAACUGAAAUAUCAAUUUAUGCAACACAUUACAAACGAAUGAAUGAAUUAGUUUCGGUGCUUUUUAUUACGUUAAUUUAUUCUCUGUGUCAUUUAUUUUCUGUUUUUGGGCAGUUCCAGUCCUCCACAGCAGCAGGCAGGGAAGUUCAGAAGAAUAACCUGAAACUGUAAGAGUGCAGAAUAAGUUAAAGUUAACGAUUAAAGUUACCACUUUGUCUGUUGGGAAAACGGGUGGAAAUGCUGAUCUCCUGGGGCUCUCUUCCCCGUGGGCUCAUUCUGUCCCAGGUCUGGUGAUGUUUUGGUGGCUUUGGACAACAGUGAGUUGCCUUUAAAGGUAGACUUAGGGAUCUGGUCUGGCCACUCCCAAACAGAGGUGACCCAUGCCAGGGAUGGUGCGUCUGCAAUGCAGUAGGUUCAGAAACUGUUUCACCCUUUGAAAGGUGAGCAUGUAGUUCAACAAAUAUAGACAAUUACAAUGCAAAUUAAUAUUUACUUCGGCUUAAAUUGUCACUUUGCCCUGUGGAAAUCAGCAACUACUCAUGAAUUGACUUGUGACUUCCUGUAAGUUGGACCAAACUAUAAAAACUUUUUCUACAAACCAUCUCAGGAAGUCGUUAGGAUAUCAGGUUUGCAAUUUAUUUGCAUUAGAAACAGCACUCAUAUGCUGUAAUCAUUUCUUCUAUUCAUAAUAGACCUCACAUUUCCUAACCUGCUUCAAAUGUAAGUGAUGGGGAGUUAAGUUAAUAUGAUGAAGUUAGACAAAUCAGGUGACAAAUCAGUCAGUCUCUAACUUCACUGUGUGUCAUUUGCUUUUUCUAAUGUGAUUACCUGCAAAGUACAUUAACUGGAUCUGGCUUCAGUGUCAGUAAGCUUGUGGCCCAGGCUUUCAUACAGAGAAGCUCAAAAUCAGAGGUUAGCUGUAACACAUUAUUUCAGUUCAUAUUCUGCUUACGUGGUGCAUUUUCCUAAAUAAAUGUGUCUUUAGAUGAUCACAGAAAACCUAACAGCCCAACAGCAACACUUUUGAUUAACAGCCUCCUCAGAUAAACUUUAAACUGUUUAAUUUAUUCUUGUACAGAGAGAGGAAUGUGCACUUCCAUUGGAAGAGAUGACGAUUAUGGACAGAAGGAGUGAUUCAGCAAGGAGAAUAUAUUUUAACAUUCAUGUGGGUGCCGGACAGACUCAAAUAAAAAUAUAAGAUAAGAUACUCCUUUAUUGAUCCCUAAAGGGGAAAUUACAUGUUGCAGCAUCUCAGGACAGAAUAGGCACAGGGACAAAAUACAGAGGCAAAAUAUUCAAAACUACAUCUACUGUAUUUCCUCAAGUGAGAAGUAGGAUUGAACUUUAGGUAGGCCUUUAUUUGUAUUUACUUUAGUGUGAAGCCGCCUUGUUUCUUCUUUUGGUCUUAUUUUCCAUGUUAAAGUCAUAAUAACUGUAUUAUGCUUUUAAUACUACAAAUUAUAGUUUGGCUGAGAAAUGAACAAACGUAACCACAGCGACCGAAAGGCUUAACACUUCAAAUGAGUAAUCCAGACAGAAAAUUGUUGAAAAUAGCAUUUUUGUAUUGUUGUGUUUAUUAACUUAAAGUGAUGGGAAUCUACAUUAUGCUUACCUGAUAUCCAUAUUAUUUAACGAGCACCAGGAGUUUGUUUAUUUGCAGUUCCAACACCCCCGGCCAUUAUUCGAGCUCCGGCUCUUAUUUGAGGAAAUGCAGCACAUCAAAGACCGUGAAUGGCAUGAAAAAAUAAGACGUAAAUUUGACUUACUGGUCUUUUGGGUCCACCAACUGAAUUAAAACUCAUUUUUCUCCAAAAAUGUUUUCAUAACUAAAGUCACAUUUCACAUCUUUGAGCGUAUCUAAACGGUACAAACCCAUCUGUGGCAUUAGUCGCUGAGUUUGGAGUGUGGCUUCAUUUUGCUAAGUCUUCCUUUAACUUGCCUGUUGUUGCCUUUAGUUUUUAACGUUCUCUUUUCUUAAAAAAUAUAUGUGCAUAAAAACAUAUCAGUGGUUGUCUGGGUAGACUUUUUGACAUAACAAGGUAUACUGAAGUUCUUUGGAUAAUAUCACCACGACGACUACUACUUCUAUGGAGAUUUUAUCAGAUAAAGCUUUAAGAGAGAUUCAGUUCAGUUAGUUUUUCUUAUGAAGAGGAAAAUCUGUACAUAUGGUUUGAUUUUUUUGUUUAAUUUUGGGUUUUUUGACUAAAAGGGUUGAUUAUAAAAUCAAAAUUAAAAAAAAUCUGACCACAGUUCACUUCUUUACAUACAAAAUGAUGCAUUUUGUUUGUGGAUUUUUUUAUAGUCAUCAUGUAGCCCUUUCCAGUCGGAUAGCAAACAUCAGCUUGUGUAAAUAGAGAGACAAACAAAAGCUUUUGAAAAGUUUUGUAUUUUUAUUUCUUUCUCUUAUUCUCUUAUUAAAAUCAUCAUCCUUUGCACAAUGUUAUAAUAUUUUUAUGACAAUGCUUAUGAUAGAUAGGCAUGUUUACGUUCAUGACUUGAGAAGGUAAUUCUGCAAUUCUAGUUUUAUUAUUUAAAAUGCUAGCAUGACUGUUCCAGUCAUGCUAGCAUUUUCUGUUUGGUUUGGUUUUACUGUCCAACACCAGUUAUAUACCAAUAACACCAUGUUCUGUUAACAAUGAAAUGUCAAUAAAGGUGAAAAAAUGUC